AGUGAAUGUUCAAUUUUUAAACAAACUGUAUUUCAUUAUUUUUCUAAGGACUUAUGGAUUAAAUCGCAACAUAACUGUAAUAUUCUGCCUGGAUUAUACGAUGUUUCAAGGCAAACCUACUAGAAGAAGUAGUUCUUCUUAUUCAGAACAUCAUGAAGAACCUAAUACAUUUUUGGACACUCUUCAAGAUGAGUUUGCUUCAUUUGGAUCUUCUUGCCAGAAUCUUGAAAUGAAUACUGUUGCCGUUGUUCCUGAUGAUACAUUUACUGUUACUCAGGCUGUUAAUGCCUUAGGAUUUGGAAAAUUUCAAGCUAAGCUUUCUUUAUUCACUGGUCUUUGUUGGAUGACCGAUUCUAUGGAAAUGACUAUUUUAAGCAUUUUAGCUCCCGCACUUCAUUGUGAAUGGAAUAUUUCUUGUUACCAACAAGCACUAUUCACAACUAUGGUUUUUAUGGGAAUGAUGUUGAGCUCAACAUUUUGGGCUUAUGUGAGUGACAAGUAUGGCAGAAAAAAGGCUCUGCUACUAUGUGCCUAUCUUCUGUUAUACUAUGGAGCACUAAGUUCCCUCUCACCAAACUAUAUGUGGAUAUUAAUAUUACGAGGCAUUGCUGGUUUUGCAAUUGGUUGUAUUCCUCAGUCUGUUACAUUGUAUUCUGAGUUCUUGCCUACUAUGCAGCGAGCAAAAUGUGUUGUUCUUCUAGAUUGCUUUUGGGCUCUUGGUGCUUGUUUUGAAGUUGUUCUUGCUUUAUUGAUUAUGCCAACAAUGGGAAGACAAUGGCUUCUUUUUCUUUCUACUGCUCCUAUAUUGGCAUUUACUUUUAUAUCAUCAUUUCUACCAGAAAGUGCACGUUAUCAUGUUGCAUCUGGUGAACCAGAAAAAGCAUUGGAAACAUUGCAAAGAAUAGCAUCAGAAAACAACAAGCCUAUGCCAACUGGGCGGUUAGUUGUAGAUGAUGCUGCAGUUCAAGAAAAACAGGGAAGAGCUCUAGAUUUGCUUAUCCCUCAGUUACGUAGAACAUCUGUUCUUCUUUGGGUUAUCUGGACUGCAUGUGCAUUUUGUUAUUAUGGUGUUGUUUUGAUGACUACAGGCUUGAUUAUUAAAAGUCAUGGACAGUGUCAAAUAAAUGAUGAUCCAAAUGCAACUAUUUCUAAUUGUAUGGCAGAUUGCACUAAUCUUAAUACUCAGGAUUAUAUGGAUUUACUUUGGACUACCUUUGCUGAAUUUCCAGGCAUAUUUGUUACAAUUUUUAUCAUUGAACGGUUUGGUCGUAAGAUAACAAUGGCUGUCCAGUUUACUAUGUUCUCCAUUUGUCUUGCGAUUCUUUAUUUUUGUUCUGAAAAUCGUAUUUAUCUCACUACUACCUUAUUUUUCGCAAGAGGGAUCAUUGCUGGGGUUUUUCAAGCUGCUUAUGUUUAUACUCCAGAAGUUUACCCUGCUGGAUUGAGGUCUGUAGGGGUUGGAACUUGCAGUGGCAUGGCACGCUUUGGAGCAAUGUUGACUCCAUAUAUAGCUCAGGUUUUAUUCCAAUCAUCAUUGUCUUCUACUGUGGCAGUCUACAGUUCUGUUUCUCUGGCAGCUGCAAUAGCUUGUUCAUUUUUGCCUACAAAAUCUCAUACUGAUGGUGAUUAUUGAAAGACAGCUGACAUACUGUGGUUCUAAAACUAUUUUGAGAUUAUUCAUGUUGUGUAUGUAUAUAUUUAUUUUCGUUAUCUAUAGAACUUAUUAUUUAAGUUACACAUUUAGGUAAUUAUAUGUGUUUGUUUAAUGUCAUGUCUAAUUGUUUUAGUGUAUUCUUAGAAGAUUUUUGCUAGUAGUUAAAUGUUAGUAUUUUGUGCAGUAUUAUUAUUACUUUUUUAUGUGAUAUUUAUUUGAACUAUUAUAAAACUGUCAAACUUAUUGUUCUGUCUAGUUUUAGCUAAUUUAUGAUUUUCUUAAUUUUGAUCUGAACCAUUUAGUAUAUGGUUUUUCUUAUAUUCUGGUAUGUUUCUUAUGUUUAAUAACCUGCAAGUUACAUUAUUAAUAAAAGGAUUACAAUUGUUGAUAUGUCUCCCCUUAUUUGUCUAUUUUUAUUGGAUUUAAACCUUUUAUGUAUUGAACCACUACCAAUAUAAAACAAACCUUUCACCAGUUUUAUAU